UCCCAAAAUCGCUUGCUACGGGGACAGAUCAGCCUGUACUAAUAAUUCCGGUAAGGGGGCGUCAUGCGUAAAACGUGUGAAUGCUGGAUAUAAAUGUCCGCGACCUAGCUGUGAUCUGCAGACGCUCAUCCCGUCAAGCCAUCGGUGAAGAUCCGCGAGGACGAGAAAAUAAAUUCAUCCGCAAACCAGUGUCCAGAAAAAAACCUCCCAAAAAUGAACAUCGAGUCCAUUGAAUCAGCGCUACUGUCAACCUGUCAUGGGAGGUAUGUGUGCAUUGAAGGCAACCAAAGGCCCAGAAACUCUCAUCAGCUUGUCACGAAGAAUCUACAGGAACCUGGCCCUAAAGUCAAGGUGUAUCAUAUUUUGUAUAAUGGAGACACAAAAUGCAUGGCCUUUUGCUUUGAGGUGAAAAAUAAGUUGGUUUUCCCUUUUGCUGAUGGUGAAGAGGUCAAAUGUAAGGUUUUACACCCAAACCAGCCAGUCACGGCUGGAACAUUUGACCAAACGUUCUUAUUUAAAUGGGGCAGAGACUCCAUGUGUUUGAAAACAGUGGCUGAACCCAGCAAGUACCUGUUUGCUGAAGAAAAGGGCAAAGUGAUUAUCACAGAAGGCGAGGGGACUGGUUUUAAAAUCUUAAACUCAGAUAAGGAAAGUGCGAAUAUGGAUAGAUCAGGCAAAUUCCAAAACAGCGUGACUCCAUGCAAAAAGAAUUCCUGGCAAAAACGGCCCUCAAAACACAGAGCUUGUUUAUGCAAGGGAUCAGUGGCACCCACUAAGCGACUGUACAGCCCUGAAAGGGACGCCAAGAGGAGGAAAUGUUAGUAAAGAGCUGUUUUCACCAACAAGGGCUCUGACCAGUCUGCAUCUGCUGCAGGCUUCUUUUCUUUGAGGGAAAACUGGAUGUUGAGAAAAUGUGAAAGCAAGUGAAGCAAUUCUUUUGUGGGUCUUAGAGGCAUGGCAUUUUAUACCUUUAUUUGCAUGUUUGCCUUUUUGCCGUAACCUGCUAAAUAUUACUGACUUGCAGCUUUAGGUUCACAAUCAGUUGCAUUAUCAAUAUACAAAUGCAACAGUUGCUAAUUAGUUAUCAGUAUUUGUAGUUAUUCUUGAUAAUUACAUGGCUUUUAAUGAGACAUUAUACAGGAACCCUUAACUAACAGAAGCUGUGAAUUGCAUGCAUUACAUUUACUUUUUUAAAUGAGGUGUGUCACUGAUCACACUUCUGCAAUGAAAUAUCUGCCCAUUCAGAAAUAUCGCAAUUACAUGUUUUCAAUGUUUUAAACUGUAAUCAAUUUCUGCGACACAAAGGUGAAUUUUCAGCAUCAGUUUCACAUGAUCCUUCAGAAAUCAUUCUAAUAUGCUGAUUUGCAUUCAAGAAACAUUUCUUAUUAUUAACAUUGUUAAAACCCGUUUUUGCUGCUUAAUAUUCCUGUGAAAACCUUGAUACACUACCAUUUAAAAGUUUUGGGUAAGUAAGAAAAAAAUGACAUUUUGAAAUGUAAUAAGUUAUUUUUGACUAAAAAAUGCAGCCUAGAGGAACAUAAGAGAUUUUUAAAAAGAAGAAAAAGUCUAUGAUUGCCAGUAUUGACCAGUAUUUUGACCAGUACUACAUGCACUCUUCUAUGGCAGCAUCAAUAGUGAGAGUAUUUUGUUCACAUUGAAAAUUUCAACAAGAAGUGUACUUCACUGGAUGAUGCAAUUCACUUUGAUUACUUAAAAAUCACACACUAGUCUGUAAAGUACGUAACGCAUUGUAAAGGUGCAUAGUUUAUAUAAUAUGUCACGUGGGACACAAAGAAGAGUCAGUAAAAAUGCAGACAAACGCGACCUCUGCUGGUGAACCAGUGGAACUGCAGACUACGAUGACGUUGUGUAACAUCAUCUGAGGCAAAUUGUGAGGUCAGCAUUUGAGGACGACUUUUAUCAGUACAGUGCUUUGCACUUGAGUUGGUAUAGCGUAUGCUACAUCUAAUAUGUAUUGUUUUUCUAGUAGUGAUCUGCAAAUGUAUGUGUAUUUUAACCAUAUUAUGUAAAAGCUGUGAAGCUGAAAUAAUCAGCUCUUUGUGCAAGCUUAGCAUUCUAAUGUAUGUUGACUAUGCAUUUGACAUAUUUUUACAAAAUCUACAUUGACUAGAAAAAUACAUUGGCUAAAUAAUACAUAUACAACAUUUACAUUUAAUAACAACACAUUUAAGAUAGAACAAGAUAUAUAGUAUUCAGCUGUUAUUACACUCCAAAUAUUGACUAACAAAUAAACUUAUA